GAUUGCUGUUCACAUACCAUUAUUAUUUUGAAUACAAUUUCAUUCCUGUUCAACGUGUUCUGAUUUUGGGGUCUUGUCGAGUGUCAUCGUAUAAGAAUACUAAGCAAUAGGAAUAGCUGGGUCGUUUAUAUAGCAAAAAAUACAAUUAUAACAGUGGCGACGGGGAAAAAGGAAAAUUCAUUCAAAAUGCCUAUAUCAGAAGACCAGCUCAGCCGAAUACUACAGCAACAGCAAGCACAACUUGACGCACAAAUGCGCCUGUUAGAAACUCUGACGCAACAGCUUAACAUACACUGCUCGAGUUCACAUGCUACUACAAGUACUUCUUCUUGUGAUGCAGUUGCCAGCAGCAUCCCAGAAUUCUAUUAUGACCCCGAAUGUGGCAAUAUAUUUCUCACGUGGUUCAAGCGUUGGGAAGACACAUUUAGAAUAGAGUUCUGUAAUCAAGACGACGCAUGGAAGACUCGACUGUUGAUGCCCAAGUUGGGAAGUCAUGAACAUGCACGCUAUGCUGAUCGUAUAUUGCCAAAGUUACCUCGAGAGCUCAGUUUCGAGAAGACAGUAACGCAGUUGUCAGAGAUAUUUGGCGAAUAUUCCUCAUUGUUUAGUAUUCGAUAUCAGUGUCUGAAUUUGGUGAAACGAGAAGCUGAUGAAUAUGGUGUUCUAGCAGACAUCGUCAACAGAGAAUGUGAAAAGUUCAAGUUACGCUCGUUGACAGAAGACCAAUUUAAAUGCCUUAUAUUCAUCAAAGCUCUCCAGUCACCACAAGAUGCUGAGAUUAGAACCAGACUUCUAACUCGUUUGGAUCAAGAUCCUAACAUCACACUCAGAACGUUAACAGAUGAAUGUAAGCGGCUACAGAACAUCAGACACGACAAUCAGUUGAUUGAACAGGUAAAUCCUAAUUUAACCCGCAAUAGUGUCAAUGCUAUUACGAGGUUAAAAGUUCAGGAACCGAAAACAAGUGGUAGCAAACCAACGACUGCAUGUUGGUUAUGUGGUGAUUGGCAUUAUGUACGAUUCUGCCCAUUCAAGAAACAUAAAUGUCAGAUGUGUAACAAACGUGGGCAUAAAGAAGGUCAUUGUCCUCCAAAUCGUACGUCCCAGCCUAAGCAGAAGCACAAACGUCCUCGACACAUAAAGUCAGCCGAAUCUAAAUCACUUUCUCUGGUAGCAGCCUUUCAAACAGACUAUGACAUUCGGAGAAAGUAUGUUACGAUCCAGAUUAAUGGUAUAGCGGUUCGUCUCCAAAUUGACACAGCAUCCGAUAUCACCCUAGUGUCUAGAGAAACGUUUAACCUGCUUGGGAAACCACCAAUGAAGCCAUCCAAGAAGACGGCCAAAAACGUAUCUGGAGGUGUACUGAAACUAGUUGGUGAAUUACAAUGUGAAUUUUCCUUCAAUGGAAAUUGCUGUAAAGCAGUAUGCUAUCUAACAAAACGACCAAACCUUGAUCUACUUGGUCUAGAUAUGUUAGAAAAGCUUGGAUUAACGGAUAUACUCAUCAACAGCGUUUGUAACGUGUCGUGUCCAUCAUUAGACACCACCUCAUAUGCAAAAAAGACAAGUAAAAAGGUUCCAGAAAUACGGAGUGUAGUACCAGCAACAAUUCAAAACACUCCAGUGUCGUCAGAUGAAGUCAGAAAAGACUUUUCAGAAUUUUGUCAGCAGAAUGGAAUCAGGCACAUCCGAACACCUCCAUUCCAUCCGCAAUCGAAUGGCCAGGUAGAACGUUUUGUUGGUACGUUCAAAAAUGCUCUAAAAAAUCAAGAGGGGAGGGGGACACCGAAGAGAUCUUAGAGAGGUUCUUGUUUAUACACCGUUCGACACCGAACCCUCAGACAACAAAUGGAGUCUCCCCAGCGGAAGCGUUACUUGGCAGAAAAAUACGUACACAUUUUGACAGCAUUCAUCCGACUACAGCUCUUAAGCCGCAACGAAACGUGAUGAUGGAGAAACAGUACAAUAGUCAUCAUGGGGCACAAAAACGAUUGUUCAGUGUGGGUCAAAAGGUACUUGCUAUGGACUAUCGAGGAAAACAUCCUACAUGGAUAGCUGGUCGGAUCGUGCAUAAGAAAGGAAAUGUGGUUUAUGAGGUGUCCGUUGGUUCGGAAGUCUGGGUGCGUCAUGCUAACCAACUGAAAUCAACCUCGAUCUCCAACAACGAAACGCAGCAUAGAUUACCUCUUGAUGUUCUGCUAGACACCUUUGAGAUCAAUACACCUGAAAUAGACAGGACAGUCAAGGUGAAAACGAAGGAUGAUACAACGUCCUUAUUACCUAGAAGAUGGACUAACCGGAAGCACAAACCAGUAAAGCGGUUGCAGUUGGACCCUAACACCAGAUCCUACGAAUCUGCUCAAGGGGGAGGUGUUAGUGGGAUAUAGAUUGGAUUCAGCAUGUUUUAUGCAUGAUGGUGUUGCUGCGCGCUGAUUGGUUAAUUUUAAACCGAUCAUCCCGGGCAUAUUAUUGCUGAAAAAUCUAUAAGCUUCUUAUGCAUAUACUAUAAAUAUAUGAACGAUAUUUAAACUAUUGAAUGCUGAUUGCUGUUCACAUACCAUUAUUAUUUUGAAUACAAUUUCAUUCCUGUUCAACGUGUUCUGAUUUUGGGGUCUUGUCGAGUGUCAUCGUAUAAGAAUACUAAGCAAUAGGAAUAGCUGGGUCGUUUAUAUAGCAAAAAAUACAAUUAUAACAGU